AAAAAAGAGAACACAUGCUCACGAGUUCCUCCAAUGCCCUUAAACAGUUAAGAGUUAAACCGNGCUCUUAGUGAUGAAACACAUGACAAUAAAGACUGAUGAAAGGAUGAAAGGUAGAAUGAUGACAUCACAACAGUAAUAAAAAGUUGUGGGAGAAAAAUGAAAGUAGAAAAACCCAAAACAAAACAAAAAACUAAGGGUGAUUGUAUUUUGUCAAUAAAAAACAAUAGGUGAUAAAUCUUGUGAUUUAGAACUUGUCCACUCUUAUUCUUAUUCAGCAGGAUGACGCUGCCAAAGAUCCAGAGUCUGAGACUGGCAGCUGUUCUGGAGAACUGCUCAGAUAAGCUGGAUGUACUGAGCAACACUCUGAGACUUCCUCCAGGCAGAGAACGAUAUUCUGGAGCAGACCGGGAGAAGGCCAGGAUGGGCAAACUGAGGAAAGACUGUCACAGUAUGCAGCAGAUGAUUUUCAAGAUGCAUGUGGAGUUGGAGCAGAAGCAGGACUUCACCUCCUUGCUGCUUCAAGAGCAGUUGGAAAAGGAGAGGAAGCUAGAAAGAGAGGAGGCUCUGAGGAAGAGGAAUGAAGCAAAGCAGAGAAAAGCUGAGAAUGAGCUGCAGCGGAGACAACAGAGCCUGGACAGAAAAAGGAACAACCUUAAAGAGAACAUCAAGAAGCUGAAGGAUCUGGAGGACCUUUUCCGCCAGAGGUCCUUGGAGAUAGAUUAUAGGAAGGUCAUGGCGAAAUACACUGAGAUGCAGCUCCAAGAAACACAGAAGGAGAUCAGAGGGACUGAGAACGUACUGGAGGAAAAGUUUAAGAUGUUGGAGAAACGGUUGCAUGAAGAAGCCAGAAUUCACAUGGAGUCGGAGAGAACUUUCGAGCAACAGCAUGAUAACCUACAGGACGAGCUGCAGCAACUGGAGGAAAGCACAAAACAGAUGAUCAAGGAGAAGAAGGAGCAGCUCGACAAUGUGCGGCUCAGAGAAACUGAGAACAAAGACAAAAUGUCUGAGCUGCGGAAGAAGUUCAGGGAGAUAGAGAAGGUGGUGCUGGAGGACAGAGAGGAGCAGGCAAAGUUACGACAACAACAGGCAGAACUCAGUGCUGCCAUACAGCUUCAGGCCUGGUGGAGAGGCUGCAUGGUCCGCAAAGGCCUCGUGCCUCCUGACAGUGGAGACAAAGGGAAGAAAGGCAAGAAAGGUAAAGGUAAAGGCAAGGGCAAGGGCAAAGGUAAGAAGAAGAAUCUGUGGGGAUCGUCUAUGCUGCAAAUUAAACUGAGCAGGAUGUUUCUGUCAAAGAUCCAGAGCCUUAGACUGUCGGCUGUUCUGGAGAACUGUUCAGAUCAGCUGGACGUACUGAGCCUCACUCUGACAGUUCCACCGAGUAAAGACCAAGGUCCUGGAGCAGCACAGGAGAGAGACAGGAUGAUCAAGCUGAAAAGAGACUGUCACUGCGCACAGCAGCUGAUCUCUGAUUUGCAUGAGGAGUUGGAACAAACGCAGACGUUCACAUCUUUAGUGCUUCAAGAGGAGCUGGAAGAAAAGCGGAGGAGAGAAAGAAAGGAGAACCAGAGCAGGAGCAAUGUCACAAAUCAAAGACAGGCAGAGAAAGAGCUGCAGCAGAGAAAACAAUGUUUGCAGAGGCGGAGAGAGGAGCUCAAGGAGAAAACAAAGAAGUUGAAGGACUUGGAUGACGUGCUCCGUCUGAAGUCAGUAGAGGUUGAUUACACUACGGUCAUGGAGAAAUACAUGGACCUGCAGACACAGGAGUCACAGAAGGACAACAGCAGAGUUGACAACCAACUGCAGGAACAGCUCAAGGCGCUCCAACAACAGUUGGAAGAGGAGAGCAGAGUUCACGAAGAGUCAGAGAAAUUCCUGCAGAAACAACAUGAGCAACUGCAGCAGGAGCUGCAGAGAUGGCAGCAUCGCACCAAACUGAUGAUGCAGGAGAAGGAGGAGCAACUCAACAGUGUACGACGCAGGAAAACUGUCAACUUGGACAAACUGUCUGAGAUGAAGAGGAGGUGCAGGGAGAUGGAGGAGGUGGUAAUGGAGGACAGGGAGGAGCAAGUGAAAUUGCGUCAAAAACAGGCAGAGCUUUUUGCUGCUAUAAAGCUGCAAGCCUGGUGGAGAGGCUGUAUGGUGCGAAAAGGCCUUGUUACUGUCACGAAGGAAGAGAAGACAAAGAAGAGCAAGAAGAGCAAGGAGGGAAAGAAGAAGACCAAGAAGAAGAAAUGAGGCUUCUUUAAACAAAUGUUUUAUUACUUUAAC